AUGUCUGAACUGUAUAAUGAUCCACUACCAUCGACUGAUGCUCCUACACCUGUCAUUAAUCCUGCAGAAGAGAAUGCUGACACAUCUGGUAAGACUUCUGUUAAUUUAGGUCUUAAUGUUGAAAAUCCUGCUGAAACCCUAGGCUUAAAGGACCCUGCUAUGUCUGAAAAAUUGGGGAAAACUGUUCCUAACCCCCCUACUGUUGUUGAUGCUAAUAUUGGGAGUCUCUAUAAAAUUCUUUCAAAGCUUUUAGCUAAUAGAUUGAAAAGAAUGUUGGGCAAAUUGAUCUCUAAUUGCCAAUCUGCCUUCCUGCCACAAAGACAGAUUUUGGAUGAGGUUGUCGUUCUCAACGAGAUCAUUGAUUUAGCCAAGAGAAGAAAAGAUGAUUGUAUACUUUUUAAGGUUGAUUUUGAAAGAGCUUAUGACUCGGUGAACUGGGGUCUUUCAGGUAUGAUGCGUAAGGCUGUCGAGAUAGGAAGAUUUAAGGGAUUUCAAGUAAAUGAUAGAAUUAAUUUCCAACUUCUUCAAUUUGCUGAUGAUACUAUUUUGACGGGGAAAGGUGUAUGGGAUAAUUUGUGGACUAUAAAAGUGAUGUUAAGAAGCUUUGAAUUAGUGUCACGUAUGAGAAUUAAUUUUGUGAAGAGCAAAUUAUACGGUUUAAAUAUUGAUAGUAGAUUGCUGGAAGCCGGGUCAACUUUUUUGUCUUGUCGUUCUGAUAUAUUGCCUUUUAAAUUUUUCGGAAUCCUGGUUGGAGCCAAUCCUAGAAGGAAAGAGACUUGGAAACCGGUGGUGGAGGCUAUGUCUAGUAAACUAAACAGGUUACGUUGGAACGGACAAAACCUUGAAUGGAAUUGGCAAUGGUGUGAAGAAUUACCUUCUGACGAGGAUCAUCAGUUGCAUGAACUCAAGGAUUUACUACAAAGCUUCUUCAUUCAUCCGGAUAGACCUGAUAGGUGGCGUUGGAUACUGAGCUUCAUGGGUCUGUUUACUGUUAAAUUUUGUUAUGACUGGCUGCUUCAAUCUUUCGACACUUAUGUUGUGGACUUUAAUGUAUUGAAGGCUAUCCAACAGCUUUGGAAGAAUAAUGUGCCGUCUAAAAUUAAUAUUUUUGGUUGGAGAUUGCUCUUAGAGAAAUCAUAG